AUGCUUUGUCUAAUUACCAAACAAACAUACUUAACAUGCCGACUGUUUGUCCGUUACUACCAACCAGCAGGUCCGCUAAUUCAGCAUCCACCCACGUUGCCACCGAUAAAGGGCCCGCCACCGGAACCAACGCCCACGCCGCCUCAAAAUUCCGAGAGCUCGGACGACCUGGUGGCUACCUCGACGACUUCCGGUGGCACUAACAGCACAGCAGGUGGCGGGUUCUACAGAGCCUACUGCCCUCAAUAUUACGGGACUCCACCGCAGUACCAGGAGCUCUGUUAUCCACCGACUUAUCCACAUCCGCAUCCGCAUCCACCUCCUUAUUAUAAAUAUGCUCCGGCUUAUAGAAGACAGUACUACAGCUAUCCAGAAGCAGGAGGAGGUGGAGGAGCAGGUGGAGCAAGUAGUGGCGCCCCAGGAGUUGUAGAAUAUCAACCUCCUCCGCCUCCUGGCGAGUACUCGAUUCCGCCUUAUUAUGCUGGAUAUCCUCCGCCGCCAGCACCGCCACCACCACCACCUAAUCCCGCUUAUCUUCACGCUCAAGGUCGACCUAUUGUAGAUCACGCAGCCUUUCAAGGUUGUCCGUGCCCGAUGCAAUCGUGUCCAAAAAACGUGGAUACUGGGCCCCUUAUUGGUAAUGGUAAGGGGGCGCCAGUGGCAUCGGGGCCCGGUCUGUCAUUGCCACCCAGUGCUUUAGUAGGGCCCCCCUCGCCCGCGAGGGGAUUAGCCGGGUUAGCGCCUCCUCACGGCGCUAAUGCCUGGGACACGGAUCGCGUCCAAAUUAACACUCAUCAUCGUAACAUUAAUAAUAAUAAUAAUAAUAAUAAUAAUAAUAAUAAUAAUAAUAAUAAUAAUAAUAAUAAUAAUAAUAAUAACAAUAAUACUAAUAAUAACAAUAAUAAUAAUAACAAUAAUACUAAUAAUAAUAAUAAUAACAAUAAUAUUAAUAAUAAUAAUAAUAAUAAUAAUAAUAAUAAUAAUAAUAAUAAUAUUGAUAAUAUCGCUAGUACUACUACUUCUAAUAAUAAUAGUAAUAAUAAUAAUGAUAAUAAUAGUAAAACUAAUACUACUAACAUCCAGAACCAGAAUCAGCAGCUUCCUUCAUCAACUACCCACAACAACGAUUGUCGCGCUAAGGAAGAGCAAAACAGUCCAAGCAAACACCCAAAAUGCGCCUGUGAAAAGCUCUCCUGCACAUCAACCUGCGAAGUAAAAAUCGAGACACUUUCCCCCGCCGAAGCUUCAGUCCCCUCACCAUCAUUAGUCCCACAAUCUCCCUCAUCCCUCCAACAACCCCAAGCUCUGUCCCUCCAAAAAUUGGCCUCAAUAUCUCCGCAACUUUCAAACAUGCGAACCUUCAAAACCGAGAACAACAACGUAAAGUGCGAGUCCUGCAGCGUGGGAAUCGUCAGCGACACUAGCGCCUUAUCCUGCGUAUCAAACUGCAACGUAAAAUGCGAGCAGCAAGACGACUACAAGUGCGGAAUAAUAAAGUGCGAACAAUGUCUAAAAGAGGACCGAGAAAUGGCGAUCCUGGAGAUCGACAAGGACUCGGGGAUCCUGAUGAUAGACGACAAGCUAGACGCCGCAGAAGCGGAGGUCAAAGAAGAAAUCAGCGACGUAGUUGUGGUUAAUAUCGACAGCGAAAGCUGGACCAAGCCCGAUUACGAAGAUACCGUCUCUGAGACAAUCGAAGACGACACAGAUAACAAAUCUGAGUCUGAUAUUACCCGCAGAGAGAUAUUAAUUACCUCCAAGUGUCAGAAAUUGACCAAGAGGAAGUUGUCCUUGGACAGUUUGAGUAGUUUGAGUCCUAAGAAAAUAAAACUGGACAAACGGACCUUGUCCGUGGGCUCGGGACGCGAUAUUAAUGAUCACAGGGUUCCUAACCCGAUGAAUGAAGAGUAUCUUAUUAAUAGAACUAAUUUUGGGGAUUCUGCAGCUCUGGGGGGAGAUUUUGGGAAUGUUGGGGGUGAAAUUGGUCCCUUGGGGGUCAAGAAGAAGGUUAAGAAGGAAAAUUUUAAGAGAAAAGCUGAGGAAGGUAAUAUUGCGGAGAGUAAUAGCAAAAAAGUUAAGAAAUCGGUGAGCACUUGUCCGGUUAAGACCGCCUCGGCGAUGAGUAUUAUGGAAACUAUUAACAAUGUGAUUCAACAGAGUGUACAAAUGACUAGUAGGACGGACGAUGAUGAUAUUAAUAUUGUUAGUACGUGUAAUGAUAGUAGUAAUAGUGAUAGUAUUAAUAUCAGUAAUGUUAUUGUUAAUAGCGGUAAAAAAGAGCGUGAUAGCAAGAGAAAAUCUGGUAAUUUAUUGUCGAUUAUUAAAAAUGUUCCAAAGAAAGCGGAUAAAUUAGGGUUCAAGGAUUGUAAAUUAAUAGACAAGGAUAAGGGGGGAAAAGAGGGAAAGGGAAGAGUUAAGAAGAUGAUGGUUAAGAAUAAGGUGUUGGAGGAUAAGGGGAAAGUGGAGGUGAAAAGUGCGGGAGGAAAGGGGAGAAUUGUCAAGAUUCAGGAUAAAGAGGAUAAGGAGGAGAAGAAACCGGCGGCCUUAGUUAAGAAGAAGAGUAAUAAAAAAAGUACAAAUACUAAGAAAAUUUGUGGCAAGAAAAUUCCCGGACGGGAUGAAAGUGUCGGAGGGGUGCUUGAUAGUUUUAGUUCUUUGACGAAGAAGAGCUUUCUCAAGCCCAAGUGGAGCAACGGAUGGAGCUGGGAAGGAGAUUCGUAUGAGGCCAAAGUUUAUUUAACGAAUGAAGAAUCAGCGAUAAGGAGGUGUUACAAGAGUAUGAAGCACGUCAGUGGAGAUGUGCUGAGACCGAGAGACUGUGUUUUAUUAAAAAGUGGUCCACGGAAAGCGGAUUUGCCUUUUGUUGCUAAGAUAGCUGCGCUUUGGGAAAAUCCUGAUGAUGGUGAAAUGAUGUUCUCGUUACUGUGGUACUACAGGCCAGAACAUACGGAACAAGGACGUACGGAUUUUGAUACUGAAGAUGAAGUCUUUGCAUCACGACAUCGCGACGCUAAUAGUGUUGCUUGUAUAGAAGACAAGUGUUAUAUUUUAACGUUUAAUGAAUAUUGUCGAUACCGUAAAAAUUUACGAAGAAUAGAAGAAAACCUGGAUUGUCCAGGACUAAUAGUACCGCCUGGAGAGCAAAGUUAUCCCCGGGAGAGUAGACAGCCUCCCAUUCCAGUACCAUCAGAUAUGGUGCUAUUUUGUCGGCGUGUUUACGACUACCGUGGAAAAAAGCUCGUCAAAAAUCCUGGAUGA